UAUGUUCGUUGGCUCAGACCACACGCUUCCACUCAAAACUCAGGGUUGAAGGGUAUGGCCUUGUCCCAAGAGGACUGAGCUGUUUCUGAAGUUGCCAUACGCGACGCAUUAGCACGUAUUCGCUAACUGGUGCAAUAUUUUUUGUUGUGCUUGGUUGAUUGGAUAUAUAUAUAUAUAUGCAUCAAAGCCUCACACACUCUGUGACGACAAGAGGUCUUGAACCAACGAAUGGGCUUUCUGGGGCUACUCCCGCAGCCAUGUCAUGUAGGGCGGAAGAUUGGUGAUUGCUAGCUCGGUGCAGCCAUGGCAGCUCGCGAAAGAUGCGCCGCAGCUUGGCCGAUUGCGACCAUUGGCCUCGCCAUGGCGUACUUUCAAUUCCCGAUCACCUUCAGUGCGGUUGGACCGCGACAGCGCCUUGAGAGGACAGAAGAUUGCAUCAAAGCUUUGGCUUCGAAUCCCAAGGUGAGACGUGUUUGUGUGAUCUUCCGACAUGGUGAGAAGGAGGUCUCCGAUGAAGACAUGCAGAAAGAUGACCAACCCGAUGAGGGUUUCUGGAAGCGGCAGCAUGACGCUGCAUUGACUCAAAGAGGACUUCAAGAAGCCGAAGCCUUCGGGGCAAAGCUGUCUGAUAUCUUGGUUUCUGAAGGUCAAAUGCAAUGCGUUGGGCUUUUAACGAGUCCAGUUCCCCGAUGCCAUGCGACUAUGGCUGCCGUCCACACUGCAUUGAAGGGCCAAAACUGCCUCGAGGUUGAAAGCUCUUCUGCCUGGAUGAAUGGAACUCACAUGCCCGGCCAAGAAGAGGAAGCUGCCGAGGCUUUUUUGGGCAAGGGGAUGGCGACCCGUCGUCGAUGAUCUCGCAGCUGGCAAGCAGAUCUUGGGCUUUCGACCCUUGGAGGAAUGUGUCCAGACACUUCGUGACACGUGUGAUCUUUCAGGAAGGACAAGACGGAGCAGAAGUGAAGAGACGGAGUUGUUCUUGGUUUGUACCCAUGAUGUCUAUCUCUAUGCUUUGGCAGCUUGGUUUUCAAAAGGACACCUGUCAGCCAGAGCCUUCGAGCAGCCAGCUUUUGGGAG